CUCUUCUUUCUCUCGUUGCUUCCUAUGUUGUUGUUGUAGUUUCCUUCUUCUUCUAACUUUCUGAGGUUAGCGUGAGCCAUCAUCAUGGGACUAGAAUCUAAAGGAAGAGCUUGGUUUGGUAAAAUCUACAACAAGUUGGAAACUUUACUUGUCGAGGUUGACUCUUUUACUUCUCAGAGCACGCUUUGUUUGAAACCUAGUGGUCUUCCGGGAUUUGAAUCUGUUAGAUGUGAACCAAAGGAAGUAGCAGAACAGGGCCGUUCUUCUGUAUCUUAUAAUGUGAAGCAACACCAUGAUGAUCGUGUUGCUUCACCUCGAUGUGAGAGUCUUUUUGAUCCACCGUCACAUCAGAACUUUGAUAUGCCAGGACAUGUUGUGGUUGAGAGACGAGUUCAAGAAGAUAUUUUUCAAGAGAAUUUAUCAGCCUCCUCGUUCCCUAAUGCUACUCAUCUUGUUGAUGAAGAACAAUUAGUUACAGAUGAGGAGUCUCAGGUCUUGUCUGAUGGAGAAACACACUCUACAUCUUCAUUGCUUGAAGAGUAUCAUGAUGCUAAUCUGACAUCAGCCAUUACUACUGGUGAUGAAGAACCAAUAGUUACCGAUGAGGAGUCUCAGGUCUUGUCUGAUGCAGAAACACUCUUUACAUCUCCAUUACGUGAAGAGUAUCAUGAUGCUAAUCUGACAUCAUCCACUACUGUUGAUGAAGAAACAAUAGUUACUGAUGAAGAGUCUCAUAUCACUAACACAUUGACACCUCAGAAAUUUUCUGAUCAACCAAAGGAAGUUGCAGAGGACAGUUCUUCCGAAGCUUCUAUUAUGCAGCAAGACCAUGACCCUGUUGAUUCACCGAGUUGUAAAACUCCUUCUGAUCAACCAAAGGAAGCUGCAGAGGACAGUUCUUCCGAAGCUUCUGUUGUGCAGCAAGACCAUGACCCUGUUGAUUCACCGAGUUGUAAAACUCCUUCUGAUCAACCAAAGGAAGCUGCAGAGGACAGUUCUUCCGAAGCUUCUGUUGUGCAGCAAGACCAUGACCCUGUUGAUUCACCGAGUUGUAAAACUCCUUCUGAUCAACCAAAGGAAGCUGCAGAGGACAGUUCUUCCGAAGCUUCUGUUGUGCAGCAAGACCAUGACCCUGUUGAUUCACCGAGUUGUAAAACUCCUUCUGAUCAACCAAAGGAAGCUGCAGAGGACAGUUCUUCCGAAGCUUCUGUUGUGCAGCAAGACCAUGACCCUGUUGAUUCACCGAGUUGUAAAACUCCUUCUGAUCAACCAAAGGAAGCUGCAGAGGACAGUUCUUCCGAAGCUUCUGUUGUGCAGCAAGACCAUGACCCUGUUGAUUCACCGAGUUGUAAAACUCCUUCUGAUCAACCAAAGGAAGCUGCAGAGGACAGUUCUUCCGAAGCUUCUGUUGUGCAGCAAGACCAUGACCCUGUUGAUUCACCGAGUUGUAAAACUCCUUCUGAUCAACCAAAGGAAGCUGCAGAGGACAGUUCUUCCGAAGCUUCUAUUGUGCAGCAAGACCAUGAACUCGAUUCACCGAGUUGUAAAACUCCUUCUGAUCCACCUUCACAUCAGAACUUUGACAUUUCAGAACAUGUUCUUGUUGAGGAACGAGUUCAAUGCGAUAUUUUGCAGGAGAAUUUAGUUCAACAAGAUGGUUUAAAGGAGAAAUCAUCUGCCUCCUCCUCCUCCUCCUUGUCUAACGAAGAAAUACACUCUACAUCUCCAUUUCUUGAAGAGUAUUGUGAUACUUCUCAGACAUCAGCCUCUACUAUUGGUGAUGAAGAAUCAAUUACUGAUGAUGAGUCUCAGAUCACCAACACUUUAACCACUCAAAACUCUUCUCCUGGAAGCUCUUUGGUUUUUCCAGGUGGGGAUAGUGUAGAAGAAGUUAGAGUUAAAUCCUCCUUGCCAGAUGGAGAAAUACUCUCUACAUCUUCAUUGUUUGAAAACUACUGUGAUGCUAAUUUGACAUCAACCACUACUCUUGCUGAUGAAGAACAACCAAUAAUUACCAAUGAUGAAUCUCGGAUCACUAACACUUUCACCCCUCAUCCUGGAAACCUUUCGGUUUCUUCAUGCGGGAAAAGUGUAGAAGAAGUUGGAGAUGUAUCGUGCAGAGAUUUUGGUUCCACAGAAUCUCAAUCUACUCAAAGUUCUAUGAAAAGUUUUGGGACAGAAGUAAAGUGUAAUGAUGACCCUGUUCUUCCUGCGCUUGGCAUCUUUACGGAUAAUGAUUCAAGUACGAAUGAUCCACUCUCCACCAAGAUUGCAGAUGUACCUGUUCAAGAUAAUGUGGCAAACAUGAGAUCUUCUAAUGCGGAUGUGAUGAAUGAAAAAUCUGAUGUUGCUCCAUUGGAUAUCAAUGCAUUGUACCACAUUGAUUUUCGGGAAGACUCCUCGUAUGUUGACAACAAUGCAAUGCGUGUUAAGACCAUUUCUCCAUUGGAUACCAAUGCAUUAAACAGCAUGCAAUCUCGAGAAGACCCCUUGUAUGUUGACGACAGUGUGCUUUAUGCAAUGCAUCUUAGGACUAAGAAACUCAGAUCCUUCAAGCAGAGAAAGAUCUUGGAUGCUUUAACUUCAAAAAGAAGAAGAGAGAAGGAAUAUGAGCAACUUGCAAUUUGGUUUGGAGAUGCGGAGAUGGGUUCUGAUCUGGCCACUGGGGAAGACUCUAAACAAGUGAAAGCCAUGGACUCCAAAAGCUCACAGCUACUUGAAUCAGAAGAUUCCCAAUGGGAGCUAUUGUGAGAUUUUUUGUUCACCAUAUUGUACAAGUUAAAAUAGGCCCUGUGAUUUAUCUUGAGUGAGACUCAUGUUACCUUAUUUAAACAUAAAUGAGCUAAUCUGCUCUGUGAUUGAAGCUUUUUUGACAGUGAAUAACCAAAAACAUAUAUCCUA